CCCCCAGCCGAAAGGACAGAAGAUGUUCGUAUCUUUCCCGACCUCCCAGGCAAAAUGCAAUGGUGAGGCGCCUGCUUAGAGAAUGAGAAUAACUUCGUUUGAUGGUGGUUGUUUUUUUUGAGGGAGAAAAGGGCAGUAUGAGGUCAGAGUCGGAAAUGAACAUUUCUCCCUCGCGUGGAUUCCCUAGCCUCCCAUCUCUCUCGUCCUUGACAGUUUUUCCACGUAUAGGAGCCUGCAGGGAGGUGGGGCAGAUAGAAUGGAGAUGGCAAAGGUCUUUUGGGGUAUAUAUAUAUAUAUAUAUAUAUAUAUAUAUAUAUCUGGAGAAGUAAUGGAAUAAUUGUUCAUUUUUGGAGAAGGCAAGUGGUGAGAUUUAAAAAAAAAAUCCCUGGAGAAAUUCGGAGGCUUGCUUUCUGCUUCUCUCUCUCUGGGUAGAGAGAUGAGGAUGGAGGGGUGGGCUGGGGGGGGGGGGGUGUCUCCAGGGAAGGGACGUUCCAUCGCCUGCCUCCUGUCAGCUCCCGCCCUCAUGCCAGGAUGGCAGAAGAUGAACCUGACACUAAGAGCCCGAAGCCGGCGGGCCGGGCCCCCUCUGGUGGGGCCGAGGCGGGGGAACCCACCACGCUUCUGCAGAGGCUCCGGGGUUCCAUCUCGAAGGCCGUGCAGAACAAAGUAGAGGGAAUCUUGCAAGAUGUGCAGAAAUUUUCAGACAAUGACAAGCUGUAUCUCUACCUUCAGCUCCCCUCAGGGCCCAGUACUGGAGACAAAAGCUCAGAGCCAAGCACACCUAACAAUGAGGAGUACAUGUAUGCCUGCAAGUGGAUCCGAAACCACCUGGAAGAGCAUACGGACACCUGCCUACCAAAGCAAAGCGUUUACGAUGCCUAUCGGAAGUACUGUGAGAGCCUCGCUUGCUGCCGCCCGCUCAGCACGGCCAACUUUGGCAAAAUCAUCAGAGAGAUCUUCCCGGACAUCAAGGCCCGAAGGCUUGGCGGCCGGGGUCAGUCCAAAUAUUGCUACAGUGGCAUACGGAGAAAGACUUUGGUUUCUAUGCCACCCUUGCCUGGCCUUGACCUCAAGGGCUCUGAGAGUCCAGAAAUGGGCCCAGAAGUAACCCCAGCGCCUCGAGAUGAGCUGGUCGAGGCAGCCUGUGCCCUGACCUGCGACUGGGCGGAGCGGAUCCUGAAACGGUCCUUCAGCUCCAUCGUCGAGGUGGCCCGCUUCCUGCUGCAGCAUCAUCUCAUCUCCGCCCGGUCUGCGCACGCCCACGUGCUCAAGGCCAUGGGGCUUGCCGAAGAGGACGAGCAUGCCCCCCGGGAACGGACGUCCAAGUCCAAGAAUGGAGUGGAGAACCCAGAGGGCGGAGCCCAGAAGAAACCAGAGAGGCCGGCCCAGCCUCCUCCGGAGCCGGAGCCCCGACCUGGGGCUGGUCCCUCGGCGCAAGGAGAGCGGAAGAAGACUGUAGUAGAGAGUCCGGCCCCACCAGCCAAUAACCCUCAGGUUAAUGCCCUGGUGGCCCGGCUGCCUCUGCUCCUCCCCCGGGCCCCUCGCCCACUGAUUCAGCAUGUCGCCGUCUCUCCAUCCAUGGUGGCGCCCAGGCUUCCUUCGGGCACUCUGAAGUUGACUGCACUGCCCGUGCCCAGUAGAGUGAGGGGGACCCAGGCAGCCAUGCCCAUCAUCAAUAUGAUCUUACCGACGGUUCCUGCUUUGCCUGGACCUGGACCUGGACCUGGGCCUGGGCCUGGACCUGGGCCAGCUCCACCUGGGGGGCUCACCCCGCCCCUGGGCACGGAGAACAGGGAGGUGGGCGUAGGCGGUGACCCGGGACCUCCUGACAAGGGGGUCAAGAGGACAGCCGAAGCUAAUACGAGUGAGACCAACGGGCAGGACCCACCAGCAAAAGCCGCCAAGCAGGAUGUGGAGGAUCCAGGGAGCGAUGCCAAAAGGAAACGGGGGCGCCCUCGGAAGAAAUCGGGGGGAAGUAGGGAAAGGAACGCUGCCCCUGAGAAGUCGGCGGCUGCCACGGACCCUCCCCAGCCCUCCAGGUUACCGCGGGAGACGUGGGUCCCCAGAGAGGAGAGCCACUCCGCCGGAGGGCCAGAGAGGCCGGGGCCAGGGGGGAAGGCCGAGAAGGGGCCGGUGCUCGUCCAAGGUCAGGGAGACGGUGCUGCUUCGAAAGGAGGGAGGCCCCCCAGUUCCAGCUCUUGCAGCUCCCGCCAUGCCAAAGGAGGGGAAGAGAAGGUUCCUCUCACUCACCAGAGAGUGAGCGUCAUCAGGGGCAGCAGGAGCCAGAAGGAGGCUCUCCACGCGGGGAAGGGAGAGGCAGAUACCGGAGCACAGGGUAAUAAAGACUUCAGGGGGCACAAGCUUCCGAGUUCCUCCUCCCAUGAGCAGAGAGACCCCAAAGCGACACCCCCGUGAUGACUCCGUAGCCGGGUGUGACCGCUGCCUGUCUGCCUUGUAAAGCCCUUCUGCUUGCUUCUCCUCCGGCUCUUCUUUUCCAAAGGGAGUCCGUCCUCUUCUGACAGCCGAGGCGCCCCGUCUUAACGCAGUGCCUGCUUCCUGCCUCUGGCCUUUCAGCUCCAUACCCUUGGCUGUAGAGUCGCUAGUCCGUGUGUGAUCCUGUGGGGAAGAUAGGGAUGGAGUGAUACGAUGAAUGUAUGAGCUAGGAAUCCUUUUGGUUUUAAGGAACAGAUAACCUGACUCAAACUGGCUUCAAAAGUAAAGACUGACUGGCUCAUGUAACUGUCAAGCCCACAGGUAGCGCUGGCUCCAAGUAAAGCCGAUCCAGGGGCUCGACACAUCUCUAAAUCCCCGAUUGCCUCGCCACCCCCGCUGUUCUGCCUUCUGGAGGAUCCCAGGAACCCUGGGCUGCCUUCUGGCUGCUAGCACUCCGAGAAUUAAAAUGUUUCCUCAUUUACGUCCAAUCGGAAACAGGGCAUCUUUCUGCCAAGAAUCUUAGCAAAAACCCUCCGAUUCGCUGAUGAGGCGAACGGUCCCAUGCCCACCCCUAUCCAAUCCCUGUGGCCAGGGGCCUGUAUGUGCUGAUUUGUGUGGCCUCCAUCUGGGCUGCACCUGUGGAGUAAGGGUGGGUUUGCCUCCUUAGAGACUGGGAGGGGAAGUUCCUGGGGAGGCGGCUGCCACCUGCCACUGCUAUGAAGCACAAGUGAUUUUAGCUUGCCGGGUUAAGAUGAGCUAUACCUGCUUUUCCCCUCAGAGUCUUGCACUUUUCUGACUGCAGCUGCAACCUCUUCUUAUUCUGGUCUCGGAAGAAAUGAGAGGAAAGUCUCUCUCCUUUACAAACGAUCUCUUUAGUCUCCUUUAGAUGACAACCCUUUUUUUUUUUUAACACCCCCCCCCCCCCCCCCAUCACCUAUAGCUCAGAGAUGGAGCUCCUUCCUUUUCUUGUUUCUGAACUUCCGUUUCUCCUCCUUUCUGCCUCCCUGUCUCCCACCCUUCUGCCACUAUCACUAGAUAGAGUGAGAUUCGCUUCUAAUCAUUUGAUUAAAUUCGUGCUGUAUCCACCAGGUGUCAGGACUAGCCAGGUGUAGGCCAGCUGUGUGGAGGAGGUGGCUCUGCGUAUCAGGAUCACCAAUAGGAAGGGGAUCCAGACCCUCUGGUUGGGUCGGUAGGAAAAGCAGGAAUCCACCCAAUGUUUAUCAAGGACCUACUACUUUGUCUUCUGCAUAGGGUAGCUCCUGUCAGGGAAUCUUGGUUCUUUCCAAGAAAUGUAGAUUUUCUUUCAGGGAGACUUCAUUGUUCAUUUAUUUCCACCACAGCAGAUUUUUAAAAAUUAUAAUAUGUAAUGUUUGUUAUCUAUAAAAUAUAUUUAACAUGAAUAAAUUAUGAAGUAUAAUAAUUAAAUGACUACCUAUGACCCAUCACCCAACCUAUACAUUAAAACAUUAGAAAUAUCAUUGACUUUCUUGUGUUCCUAGUCGCUGCCUCACUCUAGAGGUAACUACUGACUUUAAUUUUGUGUUUAUUAAUUACCUAAUAUAUAUAUAUAUGUAUAUAUCUUUUUAAAAUGUUCAGUUUUGCUUUUAGCUUUAUGAAAAAUUUAUUCUCUAAUAAUA